CCAGCUCGAUCCACCGCCGAUGUGCCUCUUCUUGCAUUUCGCAUUCCUUAUCAAAGCUGCCGAAUUCUUGGAGCAUAUGCUUAGUGAGAAUCGGCCAUUCAAAAUGUGGGCACGGGACCAGGGGCGGUUGAGUCACAUGCGGCGGCGCCCACCGCCCGCGGGCGCGUUCCUUCCUCGUCCCGACUUCUUAACAGAGCUGCCCCAGCUGUCAUAACCGCCUUUCAAUCCGGCGCAAUGCUCAAAGCCAACUACUCCACCGCUCCCGAUGCUUCGCCAGACCUGGGCGCUGCACACGUCGACGACCAGAUCCCCUCCUCUGAGGAGGACGAGCCCAGCAGCGACUCCUCCGACCGCGGAAGCCAUGGCGAGCGCUUGACACAAGAAGACAGCGGCGCGGCUGGGGGGGUACAAACGACUGCUGGUACGAGUCUGGAGGAGGACGAUAAUGGCGCGUCCGACGAUGCACCAGGAGCUGGCUUGCUCCCGCGCGAUAAGCAGCGCCGGACCGCCUUCUACGACUACCACUCUGAGAAGCAGAUGAGCCACUCUGAAGCGAAGCAGUUCUAUCAGCGGCACCAAUUGGAGAGCCAGUACGGCGGGUCCCAGGCCGGCGAUGGAUACAGUCCAGUCAUUCGCGCAAAGACCUUUCCCGCCCACUUCGGCGGCGGUGAUGGUGUCGAGUUCCUUAGCAGGGCGGACAGCAUCCGCUCGCGGAGGAGCAAUGCUAGUACUGCGAAUCAGGGCCAACGGCCGACGCUUCCUAUCGGCAUGUCACAGGUGGAUCCGUCACAGGAGCCACGUCCGCACAUGACUCCAUAUGUGACAAACCACCAAGCUAGCAAGGGCGACACGGGCAUUUUACUCCAGGCCGACCAGCGAGCUAGAGAUCAUUCAAAACAUCCCACCCUUCCCCACGAACCUAAACCUUUACUUGCGGAAGAGGGCAUCCACGGUGCUGGCGCUGGCGUGGGAAUUGGAAGCGGUGCAGGAGGCUUCGCCAUGUCAGACUCAAGUGUCACGGCUGAGCUCAGCGCCAUUUACACCAAUGUCCAGAAGGUCCUUGACAUACGACACAAGUACAUACGCCUUUCGCUACAGCGCAAUUUCGACAAUCCCAAGGACGACCCUUCUUGGCCCAUCUACCCCCCUCACCCGGAGCCGGUAUGGAACGACUAUCUAAAGGAACGCCACAAUGCAACGGGUAGUCUGCAGAACAGCGCGAUUCUCGACCCCGCGGAGCCCCCGGCUAAGCCACCUAGGAAAAUGGGCAAGGAUAUCGGUGAAGACUUCGACAAGAAUGACCUUCUACCGCUGCCAGGAGCUUCAGAAAUGUCGUUUCGUUUGGAUAGCAGCGGCGUCUUCCAGGUCUAUGAGACCUCCAAAUCGGCCGAGCUUGAUACGCCCAUUGUCGCUAUACCCACGCUGCGGGAGUAUUACAUGGAUCUAGAUGCUAUCCUCGAGAUAUCGUCGGACGGGCCAAGCAAGAGCUUUGCUUUCCGGCGACUGCAGUAUCUAGAAGGGAAAUUCAAUCUCUACUAUCUUCUGAAUGAGUAUCAGGAAAUAGCGGACAGCAAGAAGGUGCCGCACAGAGACUUCUACAACGUCAGGAAGGUCGAUACCCACGUUCACCAUUCGGCAUGUAUGAACCAAAAGCAUUUGCUGCGCUUCAUCAAAUCUAAGAUGAAGAAAUCUCCCGACGAAAUAGUCCUCUUCCGCGACGGCAAGCAUCUCACUCUGAAAGAGGUUUUCGAAUCGAUCAACCUGACUGCAUACGACCUUAGCAUUGACACAUUGGAUAUGCAUGCUCACACCGAUUCGUUCCACCGCUUCGAUAAGUUCAAUUUGAAAUACAAUCCAGUUGGGGAGUCUCGUUUACGAACGAUUUUCCUGAAGACCGACAAUUUCAUCAAGGGUCGAUAUCUUGCGGAGAUUACCAAAGAAGUCAUCUCAGAUCUCGAAUCCAGCAAGUACCAGUUCGUAGAAUGGCGGAUCUCCAUCUACGGCCGCGACAUAGACGAGUGGGACAAGCUCGCCACAUGGGUCGUCGACAACAAGCUCUUCUCGCCCAAUGUGCGGUGGCUCAUACAGAUUCCUCGCUUAUUCGAUGUGUACAAAGCGACGGGCUUGAUGGACCACUUCGAGCAAGUGGUCGUCAACGUGUUCCAGCCUCUGUUCGAGGUUACCAGGGAUCCGAGUAGUCACCCCAAUCUCCACAUCUUCCUACAAAGAGUCAUCGGCUUCGAUAGCGUUGAUGAUGAAAGUAAGGUGGAACGACGCGUCUACAAGAAGUUCCCCUUGCCGAAGGACUGGUCUACGAACCAGAACCCACCAUACAGCUAUUGGAUGUACUAUCUGUUCGCCAACAUGGCGUCAUUGAACGUUUGGCGGAAGCAGCGCGGUUUCAACACUUUCUUGCUUCGACCUCAUUGUGGUGAAGCUGGUGAUACCGACCAUCUUGCCGCCGCCGUUCUCUGCGCUCAUAGCAUCAGUCAUGGUCUUCUCUUACGCAAGGUGCCUUUUCUGCAAUACAUCUUCUACCUUGAGCAAAUUGGAGUUGCCAUGUCUCCGCUCAGCAACAACGCCUUGUUCCUAGCGUAUGAGCGCAAUCCCUUCCUGAGCUAUUUCAGACGCGGUCUGAAUGUUUCCCUAUCCACGGAUGAUCCGCUCCAAUUUGCCUUCACGAAGGAGCCCUUGAUCGAGGAGUACUCGGUUGCGGCGCAGAUCUACAAGCUCAGCGCAGUGGAUAUGUGCGAACUUGCAAAGCAUUCUGUGGAACAGAGCGGCUUUGAGCACCCUAUCAAGCAACGUUGGUUGGGCGCCAAUUAUCAUCUGCCAGGCGUGGCCGGCAAUGACAUGGCCAAGUCCAAUGUGCCCAGCAUUCGUGAAGCUUUCAGGCAUGAAACGCUAACACAGGAGCUUGCUAUGAUCGAGCGCUACACCCGCGCUUCGCAAACAAGCGGCAACGCUUUGACGUCGUCGAACCUUCAGCAGCCUUCAACAAUCAACCCACAAACGCCCAUAUCCAACCAAGCCACCCAUCCUGGCUCUCCAGUGGCCUCUCUCCACACCCACCCCUCAACUGCUAACCUCCCUGAGCAAGCACACCCCUUCUCCGCCCUGCCACCAGGCGCCAUCCAAGGUUCACAGCAAUCACCCCUCUUCCCUAUACAACAAGCCCGGAUGAACCCCACAGGAUCGGCCGCCGACAUUCCACAUGCUCAAACACAGCCAACAUCUCCCACCCAGCCAAAGAACAUGGACGGCUUCGAGCGUCCCCGCCGCUCAUCCAGCAUGAUUAUGAAUCCGGGCGGUGGCGCACCACCACAACCUUCUGGCGGCGCAGGGACUUCACAAGCUGGCUCUCAGCAGCCCUUCCCUGCGGCCGAUGAGAUGCUGCACAGGACUACGAGCACCGUCACGCUUGAAGGCAUGGAGCCGAGGAUGUUCCCCGGUGUGGUCAGCAGGAGACGGAGGAGUAGUAUGCGGAGCAGUACCAUGGAGGAUGGGGAGCCCGCGCACUCGGGGUUUAGACGGGGCGAUGCGGGGUCAGUGGUUGAAGAGAAAGAUACCGAUGAUGAGGAUUACUAGAUCUCACGUCGAUAGUUGACAAUUUUGACGAGGAUGAUGAGAUGCCAAGGCGUCUUGGUUUCGGACCUGGUGGUAGUAGAGCUUCUUUGCGACAUUUUACGGAUAUGCCAAUGGCAAGACAAAACUGUGACAGCGACACGAUCUUCCGGGAUAUGGUUUGGGUGGUUGGGCAGGACUAGAUUCAUGUUAUGCACCAACUGUAUUCACCAUCGCUCAACCGGUAGGAAGCUAGGUAGAUAGAAAGGAUAAUAUACAUCAAAAUUUUCAUUCCAAAUCAUACACAGUCUCAACGACGACGCAAAUGAAAUUUCGAGCAUGGAUGAGCCUAUUUCUUUUCGAGAGUGGAUAUAGUCGACACAAAAGAAGAACCGCGCGGGCCAAUCCAAUCAAUCCCAGCACACUCCGCGCUUUGCACCUUUUUACCCUACUGAUCUGUACGAAGAAAGUCGCAAAGUAAACCAACUCUACCUUCCUCCUUCCCCUACG